AUGAGUCGAAGUGCUCUAAAACUUUUUAAUAGUACAUUUGCUGGUCGUGGAAUUCGUAGUCAACGCGCUAUUCAGGCUAAGAAUGGCAAGAUGGAGGCUGAAAUCCAUCCUGCAAACUUUGAACGCAUUGCCAAAACCCUUAAGGAACUUGGCUAUGAUGGUCCAAUAGCUGCAGCUUCCGAUCAAACCGUCUGUGUGAAGGCUUUAAGACACCAUAAUGGCUGUCUAGUGGGAGCUGAAGGUGGCGAUGUAAAAUUUAGCAAUGCAGAUGAGCUGCGUGAUUUGGUCAAGGAGAUAGUUAAGGAGGAUAAGCUGUGCUCUAAAAUACGGGCUUAUACAAUACAAGUCCCUUUGCCAAACAUACCUACAUAUGUGGUAGCUUUAAUUGCUAGUUGUUCAAACGAAUCGGCUGAUGACAUUGCUGAAGCGCACCACACCAUCAUCACACAUUCUCUCCAGGCUGGAAUCAACAUCAUGUCAAUGGGCGCAGAUGGAGCCGCUACCAAAAUCUCAGCACAAGAAAAACUCCAUAACAAUACUGAUCAAUACCUGACUUAUUCGAAAUCAAAUUUGAAUGUUCAUGUGAAAGUCCCACUCUUUGGGAAUCCUCCUCGUCCUGUAGUAACGGUCCAGGACCCAAAACAUGCAAGAAAGACUGGCGCUAAUCAGCUACUAUCUGGUGCCCGUUUGAUUGUGAUUGGCAAGUAUGUUGUAACCAUCCAACAAUUAGCCGAAAUACUUCAGAUGCCCAAUAGCCCUCUUAUGGCCAAAGACGUAUUUGAUAGUGAUAAACAGGAAGAUGAUUGGCCACCGCGAAAGGAUUCGAUCUGCAUGGACGGCAGGCUUUUUUCUACAAAGAUGGAAAUCUUACUUGCAAAAACGCGAGAUCGAAACAAAUGCUUCAAGAUCUUUUCAUCACUCCCCGAAUCCCUCCUUGCCUUGAUCAUCUCACAUCGACAGUACUACCCGGAAUACCCUCUAUGCCCUUGGAAGCACGGAACGGAGCCAGUCGAACACAUAUUUGGAUGGAUGAGAGUUAUCGCUCCUCGUUUCACUGUCCUUGAUGCCCGGUUCAUGAUGCCAAAAAUACACGCUGUUGUCAAGAGUGUGAUGGGUGGAAAAAUCAAGAUACCACCUUCUGAACACAUGCACUCAGGCUAUCAAUACGCUUGGGGUGAUGAGGAGGCUGUUGGAGUGAUUGAACUUCUCAAAGCGUUUCCAACAAAUGCUGAGAUUGGUGAAGAGCUCACCAUUGCCAAUCGGCUUGCAAAUAGCCUUGCUCACCUGGCUGGAAUGGGACCAUUAGAGCCUGAAGACGAGGAAUUGCCUUCCCAAAACAUCAUAGAUGACCUUCCACCAGACGUUGAUGAUACCACUCCAGAUGUGUCAACAUGCGCAACAAAAGAUUAUCGGGUCAGAUAUAACUACCAGCCUGGAGAAUUCCCCGAAAACAUUGCUUUUGCUGAAGCUGCUACCUUGGCAAAGGAACAAAAUUCACUUGACUUAUUACUUGAUCAAGUUCCAGAUGAGGUGGAAGCUGUUACCGUUCAAAAUGCAGCAAUGCUGAUUGCCAACUUGCUCAACAGCAAUGCUCAGCUACCAGCUGGUCCGAUCCAACUCGCUGGAGAUUAG